AUAACAAUGAACUUAUUAUUGUUCUUAUCUCUGAAAAAAGUCUCAAGUCGUCUCAAGCUUUCAACUUGCUUUUUAAUGCUUAUUGCUUACUUAUAAAUUGUUGCCAGUGUUUUGUGUUUACUUUUGGUUGUUGUCAACCAGCAAAUCGUUAUGUAUGAAUCCAACAACUUUUUUCUAAACUUAUUUAAAACUUAAGUCAAUCGUAUAUUUCAAUUAAUAUUAACUUAUGACGACUACUAAAAUGAAUUAUUCAUCAUUUUUAAACCUGAUUGUCUUAAUGUGCAUUUUGUUUGAUUUCUAAUGGUUUUGUAACCUAUCAAUUAUAUUCAUAUUUGUAGUAUUUUUUUUUAUCAACAUAAUCUAGUCGAAUUAGGUCGAUAUGGCUAUUCAACAGAAGUAUAGAAGAGAAGAAGUUAGUGAAGUUAGCUGCUGCUUAAAAUAUAUCAUAUUCAGUUUUAAUGUGUUAUUUUGGAUGUUUGGUUUAUCUGUGAUGGCAGUGGGCGUUUGGGCAUGGACAGAAAAAAAUGCAUUUAAUAAUCUCAGUAAACUCACACAUUUAGCACUUGAUCCUGCAUUUGCUUUAAUUUUAAUUGGUGGAAUAACUUUUAUAAUAGGUUUCACGGGUUGCAUUGGUGCAUUACGUGAAAAUACAUGUUUACUUGGAAGUUAUGCGGUUCUCUUAGCUGUAAUUUUGAUACUUGAGCUAACUGCAGGAGUAUUAACAUUUGUUUUUAAAGAUUCUAUUAAAUCACAAGCCACUGAAGGACUUCAAACUUUCAUUGUUCACUAUAGAGAAGACCCUGAUCAGCAGAAUCUUAUUGACUGGAUACAGGAAGACUGGUUACAAUGUUGUGGAAUCAAAGGUCCUGAAGAUUGGGAUUUGAACAAUUAUUUUAACUGUUCUUCACAAAAGGUUGGCAGCCGAGAAGCAUGUGGAGUACCUUUUUCUUGUUGCAAACGUAAACUAAAUGAAAUAGUAGAAAACAAACAGUGUGGAUAUGACGUUAGAAAAGAAGGAUUUUAUGCUGAAAAAUGGACAAGCUUAAAUCUACCAACGCAAACAGGUGAAAGAAAUAUAUAUGAAAGAGGUUGCAUGCGGGCUGCUGAGGAAUGGGUUGAGGAUAAUUUUAUUGGAGUCUUAACAACAGUUAUGACUGUCACCAUAUUACAGACCGACGAUGUCGGAAAACGAGUGGACCUCAUCAUUAAUGAAAAAGGAUGUUUGCAAUCUGGAGAAGAAUGGUUAGAAAGAAACAUGCUUUUUAUAGCUACUGUAUGUCUUAUAUCAGCUUUUUGUAAGAUUUUAGGCAUAUGCUUUGCUCAAAAUCUACGUGCUGACAUAUUUGCGCAAAAAGGCAAGUGGCACUAGAUGGAAUUCUUAUGAAAUGAACAAAAAAGAUUAUAAAUAUAUAUACUUUUUUAAGAGGUUUUUAGCCUAAUCAAUAUUUUUUCAUGACUAAAAUAGUGAUAAAAAGAUUGUAGUCAAACUCUUUAGUGAUUAAUUGAAUAUGUUUGUAUGAAUUUUUUU